UCUCUCUCUCUCUCUCUCUGAUCACCUCUUUGCAAUCUCCCUCCCACCAUUUUAACAACAAAUAAAUAAUUAUGUUGUCGGUGGCCUCCGUGGAGACAGCUCAAAAUUCAUCGGAGCCGCCCUCUCCGCCGCUAUCAUCUCUCCCUAGAGAGCACGUGUUCGUGUCGAAGCUCCCGCCCAUCCCCAUCCCCACCGACGUCCCUCUCCACACCUACUGCUUCCAGAACGCCUCCCUCUACCCGGACCGCACCUGCCUCCUCGUGGGCUCCACUGGCCAAUCCUACACCUUCGCCCAGACCCACCUCAUCUCCCGCAAGGUCGCCGCCGGCCUCUCCACCCUUUGCGGCAUCCGCAAAGGCGACGUCCUCAUGCUCCUCCUCCAAAACUCCCCCGAGUUCGUCUUCACCUUCAUGGCCGCCUCCAUCCUCGGCGCCGCCGUCACCACCGCCAACCCUUUCUGCACUUCAAAAGAGAUUUUCAAACAGUUCCACCUCUCCCGCGCCAAGCUCAUCGUCACCCACUCCCAAUACGUCGACAAGCUCCGUCACAGUGACGGGGUCUUCGGGGAGGAUUUUAAGGUAGUGACGGUAGAUGACGGCCCAGCGCCUGACGGGUGCCUGCAUUUUUCCGAGCUUUCCAAGGCGAACGAGAAGGACGUGGCAGCUGAUGUGGAGAUCAAGCCAAAAGAGGAUGCAGUGGCGCUGCCCUUCUCGUCCGGGACCACAGGGCUGCCCAAGGGCGUGGUGCUGACGCACGGGAGCCUGAUCGCGAGCGUGGCUCAGCAGGUGGACGGGGAGAACCCGAAUCUGCACCUGAGGCCGGACGACGUUGUUCUAUGCGUGCUGCCGCUGUUCCACAUCUACUCGCUCAACUCGGUGCUACUGUGCUCGCUCAGGGCAGGGGCGGCUGUCUUGCUGAUGCACAAAUUCGAGAUUGGGUCGCUUCUGGAGCUUAUACAGCGACACCGCGUGUCGGUGGCGGCGGUGGUGCCGCCGCUGGUGCUGGCGCUGGCGAAGAAUUCGAUGGUGGACAGUUUUGACCUUAGUUCUAUAAGGAUGGUGUUGUCCGGGGCGGCGCCCUUGGGGAAGGAGCUGGAGGCCGCGCUGCUCACGCGCCUGCCUCAGGCGGUUUUGGGUCAGGGUUAUGGGAUGACUGAGGCCGGCCCAGUUCUAUCAAUGUCCCCAUCAUUCGCAAAGCACCCGUUGCCAACCAAGUCAGGGUCGUGCGGAAAUGUGGUCCGCAAUGCCGAGCUGAAGGUGGUCGACCCAGAAACUGGUUGCUCACUCCCGCGCAACCAGCCUGGCGAGAUUUGCAUUCGGUACCUGAAUGACGAUGAGGCAACUGCAAGAACUAUAGACGUUGAGGGUUGGCUCCACACGGGAGACAUUGGGUACGUUGACGAUGAUGAUGAUUGGAUCGAGUCAAGGAGCUUAUCAAAUUCAAAGGCUUUCAGCCAAAAAGACGAGGCUGCUGGUGAGGUCCCCGUGGCAUUUGUCGUCCCGGCUAAAGGCUCUCAUCUCACCGAAGAAGCUAUCAAAGAAUUCAUCUCCAAACAGGUGGUGUUUUACAAGAGACUGCACAAAGUGUACUUUGUUCAUGCAAUUCCCAAGUCCCCAGCUGGUAAAAUUUUGAGGAAAGAACUCAGAGCCAAACUCGCUGCACUGCCGUCAUCUACUUGAUAUAUAUAAUUUAAUUUAGUCUUAAUAUUUAUAUUAAUAAUAAAAUUGGGAAAUAUUUAUUUAGUUUCCGAAAAUCAAUUUUUAUUACUUUUCGUGGGUGAUGUGGUUAUUAUUAAAUUAUUUGUGCUUUCAUCAGUGCCAAUGCAAAAGCACUUCUUUAAUUUAUGCACUCUCCUUUUCUGUAUCAUUAGGUUCAACUAGUAACUGAUUAAGUUGUAAUAGUAUAUAGUGCAAUAUUCAAUGAAAUUCUUUGCAAUAAAUGAAGGUGUGUUGUGAUUAUGUAAA